AUGGUCGUUUCUUACACGGGGGGCUGCUUUUGCGGCUCAGUGCGGUAUAAAGUAACGGGCACCCCUAUCCUCAGCGCAUACUGCCACUGCACGCUCUGCCAACGCUUAAAUGCGUGUCCAUUUAUACAUACAGUUCAUUUCCCUGCAUCGGCCUUUUCUUGGGUGCAGUCAGAGCCUGCCGAUGUGGUUGCGGACACCUACCAAGUGCAAUCCAAGCCUUGGAAACGACGAUGGCGCUGCAAGACGUGCGGCUCAAAUGUGACAUCCGAGAACAGCAAAACAGAGAGAUGGAGUAUCUGGGGUGCUACGCUGGAUCGUGAUAGCAACGGUCGAAUCGCAGGGUGGGACGCUCUGAAGCCCACUUCGCAUAUGUUCUACGGCACACGCAUGGUCGACGUCGCAGACGACCUGGGCAAAUGGGAGGGCUACGAGAACCAGUCGCAGAGAUUAGAUUGA